UGGUAUGGAACAUGAUUUAGAAUUUAAUGAUUUUGGUACGAUGGUGAUGGGUUGUGGACCAUAUCAUAUUGGUAGUAGUGUUGAAUUUGAUUGGUGUGCUGUGUCCUGUAUCAGGGCAUUGAGAGGCUUGAAUAAAAAAACGGUUGUUGUGAACCAUAAUCCUGAGACAGUGAGUACAGAUUUUGAUGAAUGUGAUAGAUUAUAUUUUGAAGAAUUGUCUUUAGAGAGAGUUUUAGAUAUUUACCAGGCUGAGCAAUGUAGUGGAGUAAUUGUGUCAGUUGGUGGUCAGAUACCCAAUAAUCUGGCAUUACCUUUAUGGAAGAAUGGAGUGAAGGUUCUCGGUACAAGUCCUUUAAUGAUAGACAGUGCUGAAAAUCGGGGAAUUUUCUCUGGAAUCUGUGAUUCAUUAGGUGUGAGUCAACCAGAAUGGAGAUCUCUAAGUACAUUGGAUGAUGCGUUAGAUUUUGCGGCAACUGUUGGCUAUCCAUGUUUACUUCGACCGUCCUAUAUAUUGAGUGGAUCUGCCAUGAACGUUGCUUAUUCUCCCAUAGAGUUAGAAAAAUACUUGAAGGAAGCAGCACAAAUUUCAAAAGAAUAUCCUGUGGUGAUCACUAAAUUCUAUGUUGGUGCUCGGGAAGUAGAAAUGGAUGCUGUGGCUAAAGAUGGCAAGGUUGUAGCUCAUGCUAUAUGUGAACACGUGGAAAAUGCUGGUGUACACAGUGGUGAUGCUACAUUAAUGUUACCAACACAGACUAUCUCUCUUACAGCACUUGAUACUAUCCGUGAUAUCACGCGUAAAAUUGGUAAAAGAUUUGAGAUCAGUGGACCAUUUAAUAUGCAGUUCCUGGUUAAAGAUAAUGAUGUCAAGAUAAUUGAAUUGAAUCUACGGGCAUCAAGAUCUUGUCCGUUUGUAUCCAAGACGAUUGGAACUGAUUUUAUAGAUACAGCUACUAAAGUUAUGUUGAAUGAGAAGCUGCCCAUCGCAGAUCUUCCAACAUUAGAAACCCCUCAUAACCCUCAAACCUAUGUUGGUAUUAAGGCUCCUAUGUUCUCGUGGCCAAGACUUUUAGAUGCUGAUCCUCUUCUUAAAUGUGAAAUGGCAUCAACAGGGGAGGUAAUCGUUGUUUGA